GGACGCGUUGUGCAGGAGGGCCUACGACGGCGGGGUAACGGACGGUCAACUUUCAUGGAUUUGUUCAGGGAAGACAAGGUUCAGGAUGAGGAUUCCAAUGAUUCUGGAUUGGAAACAUACCAGGAAGUAAUUCACAGUGCUCCAGGAGAUGAAAGCACCAACAGGGACCAGGAUGAGAUGCAUGCAGGAUCAAAAAGACACACGACUGAUGUCAGUGUCCCGUCAGAGGACAGCUCUCAGAGGCCAGCGAAGCGGAGACGGCGGGGCCGCUCCCGUGUCUCGCGGCUGCGGCCCGGCCGGCUGCUGCUGGGCGGCACCAUCACCGACCCUCUGAACCUCACCAGCCUGCCGCAGGCCAGCUCUCAACGGAAAGGACGUGGCGGCCCAGCUGCUGCCACGGGGCCACCAGAGACUGUCCUUCCGGAGGCCGCCCCUGCUGUCCCAAGCGCUCCCACCACCCUCACUGCCCCCACUGCCCCCACUGCCCCUGCUACCUCCCUUGGCCCCACAUCCCGGACGCCCUCAGUCAUUUUGACUUCCACGAUCCCCCCUGCUGCCCCGACAACCACAGCUCCGACGGUGCCCACUGCCCCCACUGUCCCUCCUGCCCGUGCCCAGUCGGCCACCUCGGGCCCCGCACCACUGGUCAAGUUCAAGCCGCAGGGUGACCGGUUCAAGUACGGGAACUACAACCGGUACUACGGCUACAGGAACGGCGCCGAGCGGGACCGGCGGCUCUGUCCGUGA